UCAUAAUCUCCACCACCCACCCCCCCCCCCCCCCCCUUCGGCUCAUGGCCCGGACCACCCUGCUCUCUCUGCUACUUCUCCUCCGCCUCUCCACCCGCCCCAUCUUCCUCUCUCAUCCCCACCUCACACCCAACCACCGCUUCUCUUCCAUCUCCUCCUCACAAACCACCACCACAUCAUCAAACUCCUCAGACCCCACCAAACCCACUUCUCUCUCAGCCCGCAUGAGCUUCGUCUUCGACCAAAUCGACGCCAUCGAGCGUGACCGCUCCGAAAAGGACGACGCCCUCCAGCGUAUCCGCGCCUGGCGCGAGUCCAAAAAGACCAAAACAGAUGAAAAAAAACACGGCCAAGGGUUUUCUCCGAGCGAGUCGAACGAAUCGGGUGAGUUGGAGGUGAGGGAGGUGAAGGAGAGAGAAGUGGUGGGGUUGGCUGAUAGGAAGGUGGAGGUGGUUCACCCGUGGCCGGAGUGGAUUGAAUUGAUGGAGAGGUUGGUGCAGCAGAACUACUUUGAUCAUAGAAGGAAGGAUGAGGACAAGAUGGUGGAGGAUUUAGGGUUUAAGAUGGAGGAGGUUGGUGAGGAUUCAUUAGGGUUUGAUUUCACUAGGGAUUGGAAGACUGUGCAGACCGCCUGCCUCAACUUCGGACGUGAUCGGUUCGAUAUCCUGAGGUCAUUGUCGAGACAGGAUAUUCAAGUUUUGGUUGGCUACGGGUGUCCUAGUGCAGACAAGAAGGUGGUUUUUUCGGCAAAGUUACUUAGGAAACACGUCCACCUCGAUGAAGGAGAUGUUUGUAGUUCCUGCAGUUUAAGAAGUUCUUGUGAAAGAGCAUAUCUUGUCACAAAUAAAGAGGAUGAAGCACGAACUAUCGAUGUUAUGCGUGUCCUAUUGACAUAUGGCUUUGAUCCCGUGAAUGGAUCAGUUGUUAACGAGUCCCUUCUGAAAAUGAAAUCACUGAAGACGGUUGUCCGCAAACUACUGCAUGAGGUUGUCAAGUUGAGUGCAGUUCCAAUAGAUCCAAAUCUUCCUCCUCCUAUAAUAAAAAAACCACCACCUAAGGUGAAGCAACCACCCCCUCCUCCAAAGAAACGGGUCGGACGUGAUGACAUUGAGAUGAAAAAGGGGGAUUGGCUAUGUCCCAAGUGUGACUUCAUGAAUUUUGCCAAGAAUACAGUGUGCCUGCAAUGUGAUGCCAAGCGUCCCAAGAGACAGCUGCUUCCGGGAGAAUGGGAAUGCCCACAGUGCAAUUUCUUGAAUUAUAGGCGAAAUAUGGUAUGUUUUCAGUGCGAACACAAGCGUCCACCGGAUGAUUUUACGGAGAAUCAAUUGCAAGACCGGCAACGUGGUCCUAAGAUGAGGUUGGAGAAGGUUCCCAGCAAGGGAGAGGUUUCCAAUGCAUGGAAUUUUGACUUCGAUGACAACGAAUCUGAUGGGGCAGACGUUGCUGCUUUUGAGUAUGCAGAUUCUCAUAAGUUGGAUGAAGAUUUUCCCCCACACAUUCAGUCUCAAGGAGAAAACUUUAAGGUCCCCGACAAUGAAUUCUAUAGGCCCAACAGAACACCUAGGGAAAAUGAUGGGGAAUACUAUGAUCGUGGGCUCAAAAGGUCUAGGAAAGGAUUUGAUGAUUUUGAUGAUGAAGAAGAAGACGACGAUGUUGAUAGUUAUGAGUUGGACACUCAAAAUAGUCAUCAAUUACGUAAGAGUUCUUCGAUUGAUUUCUCAGAGGUUGAAGGUGACUCUGAAUCUGAAUCUGAAGAUGUUGACGGCUUUGACGGUGACAAUAGGAUUGCUCGACAACGCAAUAAGCCAUCUAAGAUAAUGCAUGGAAAUUCAACUUUCUCUGGCUUUGAGGUUGAUGAACAAGAUUAUGAUUCAGAUGACGAGCUUCCGGUCCAUCCAAACUGGAAAUCUAGACAUAGUGCUGACUCCAGUCGGAGAACUAGAGGUAGUGGAGCAGGGAGUGUUGGCUUAGAUGAAGACUAUGGGAUUGAUUCUGACACCGACGACUUGGCAGAUUCGGAUUUUGGGUCCCGGCGGACUAAAGGGGACAAACGGGUUUUAAGUCACGGCCAUUCUAGGAGACGACAAAUUGAUGACAGUGAUGAUGAACCCUUUUCUGAAUCUGACGGUGAAGACCGAUAUUCUCCAAGAAAUAGAUUUGGGGGAACGAAAGAAGGCCGAGAUAAAAGAGGACACAACUCAAGGGGUUGUGGCAAUAACAGGGGAUUUCAGAGGGAUGAUUGUUUUAAUAGAUCGUCACAAGGGCCUCGUGGCAAUAACAGGGGAUUUCAGAGGGAUGAUGGUUUUAAUAGAUCUUCACAAGGGUCUCGUGGUAAUAGUAGAGGAUUUCAGAAGGAUGAUUAUGGCAAUAGCAGGGGUUUUCAGAGGGAUGACCUUGGGGGGCGUAGUAGAAAGGAUAACAGAGAGAGUGAUUCGCGCAAUUCCAGAGGACCUAGUAGGGGAGGUUUUGGAAAUAGGCGACAUGGAGGGCUUAAUGAUUCUUACAACCGGUCGGACAACAGCAGGGACUUUGAUGAUGGUAGACCCAUUAGGCAGCGCAUAAAUGUGCGAUGAAGUUGAGCUGUUACUGGUGCUUGACUCAUUUCAGGCCUUCAGUAAAGGUCUUCGAUCUUCAAACUGGUACUUGGUCAACCUUGAAGACUUACGGGAAGCCACCAGUAUUUGUUCAUUUACAUCUUAACAAGGACAUCUGUUUCUUCCCGAUGACUAUUGAGUUCCCAUGAAAGCAAUUUCCAUUUGAAAUGAGAUGGUUAAAUUAGAAUCAGAUACUAUGAAUUUGCUUAUGGUAAAAUGGUCAGAAGCUUAUCGCUCUUUUCCACUAGAAGUAAGAGCUUUUGGUUUCUUUGUAAUACUAUGAGUCUAUAAGUCUGUCAUAUUGUCCCAGAAAUGAGAUAUGACAAUUUCUAUUUUACACUUAAGAAAAAGAUAGCAGGUUGUUGAAAAUUGGCUUAUGCUUUAUUUGGUUUAUAAUUUGAGGGCAUAAAUUCAUAAAUAGGUUGAGUUUCCUGCUUUUUUAUUAUUCUUUUUAAGGAGGAAUGUGUUUAUGAUGUUGUCUCUUACUUAACGGAUUUUAAUGUCUAUGAAUGCUUGUCGGGUUUCACGCGGAGGCCAAUCUGUGACCGUUGUUGGCUCAAGUUUAAUCAUAUUUGGUGGACAAGACGCAAAGAGAUCCCUUCUGAAUGACCUGCACCUUCUCGACUUGGAAACCUUGACAUGGGAUGAAAUAGAUGCGGUGGGGGUGCCGCCUUCCCCAAGGUCCGAUCAUGCUGCUGCAGUACAUGCAGAACGUUACCUUCUUAUUUUUAGUGGGGGUUCACAUGCUACUUGCUUCAACGAUCUGCAUGUCCUUGAUUUGCCUCAAUAGGAGAAUUCGCAGGUUCGCAAAGGCAUACUACGUCGCUUAUUGGAGGAAAUAUUAUCUACUAGGAUUAUGGUGAAACAAGCUAUGAAGAAGUUGGCCCCAUCACAGCAAGUUCUUCACAGGGUGCGAGAACACUUAAAAUCUGACUUUGAAUUUUGCAUGCAUUCUAGACUCAUAUUUAAUGCUAGACAGCUUGCUUUGAAGCUAAUAGCGAAUGUGACAUACGGCUAUACGGCUGCCGGAUUUAGUGGACACAUGCCUUGUGCAGAACUUGUUGAUAGUAUCGUUCAAUGUGGCAGUAGAACACUGGAAAAUGCUAUAUCAUUUGUAAAUUCCCAUGAUAGAUGGAACGCUAAAGUCAUCUAUGGUGACACAGAUAGUAUGUUUGUUCUCCUAAGAGGACGCACUGUGGAAGAGUCAUUUGAAAUAGGACAUGAGAUUGCAUCUGCAGUAACUGCCUCGAAUCCAAAUCCUGUCACGUUGAAGAUGGAGAAGGUCUAUCAUUCUUGUUUCCUCCUCAAGAAGAAGCGUUACAUGGGUUGUAGUUAUGAGAGCCCUGACCGAGUCAAACCUGUGUUUGAUGCUAAAGGUAUUGAGACGGUCCGCAGGGAUACAUGUGGGGCUGUAGCCAAGAUAAGGGAGCAGUCACUGAGGAUCUUUUUUUAACACAAAGAUAUAAAUAAGGUUAAAGCACGCUGCAUACUUGCUUCGUCAGUGGAAACGGAUUUUAUCUGGCAGGGUUUCUCUUCAGGAUUUCGUUUUUGCCAAGGAGGUUCGAUUAGGUACCUACAGCACGAGGGCUUCCUCGUCACUCCCACUUGCUGCAAUUGUGGCGGCUAAAUCAAUGAGGACGGACCCUAGGGCAGAACCACAGUCUGGAGAAUGAGUACUUUAUGUCGUAGUCCACGGAGAACCUGGGUCCCGCCUCGUUGAUAUGGUGGUGGACCCCCUGGACUUUCUGGCGAUCAAUUCCCCCUUUAGAUUGAACGAUAUUUAUUACAUAACGAAACAGAUAAUACCAGCAUUGCAGAGAGUUUUUGGACUAGUUGGAGUGGACUUGAACCAGUGGUUUUCAGAAAUGCCCCGCCUGGGACGGGUAUUUAUUGCUAAACAUCAGUCAUAUGCUCCGAAUGCUCAUCGAACUAGAGUUGAUUACUACUAUCUGUCAAAGCAUUGUGUCCUUGUGGUGAGUUGGUCCAAGAUUCAGCCCACUUAUGUGGUCAAUGUUUAAAGAAUGAAGCUGCUGUUGCGAUAGCUAUUAUUGGAAGAACUUCACAAUUGGAACGAGAGAUCCAACAUCUUGCUGCUGUGAGUAUCAUUACUGUAAUCGUCUACUGUAGCAUGGGAUUGAUCACCUUUAUUUCCAUGACUGCUUGUAUCAGAUAUGAUCCAUACGCGGGGUGGCUCCAAGAAUUUGAGUCAGCAGUGACAUACAAGAAGUUAAUCCUACACAUUCUAUUUUACGAAAUAAAGAACUGCUAACGAUAUUGAACUUUUUUAAACACAAGCAAAAGGAAUAUUUUAACACAUUCACACCUCUUGACCACAAUGAGUUUCAUAUUCUGAAAUCGUGUAGAAUAGCUUCGUUAUCAGCACUAUUUUACUUGGACUUCUUGUUAUAAGUAACCAGAGUGAGAGAUCAGUUUGCAAGAGCAGGCAGAGAAUUUGGCCCUUUGGGGGUGGGUACCAGCUAGUGGAUUGGGCUUUUUUUGUGUAUUGAUGAAGUGUGGGUUGGACUUUUUUGGGCUGCGGGAGGGUUCACUUGAACAGCGCAAGGGGUUCAUUUUAAUCUCUGUUGCAAAAGUAUGUUUUUCACUUUUUUGUUGUUUUUGCUCGCACCUCCUCAUUACAGGUUAACCUUUUGUUUUUGUGGCUCCAGAUCCAACGUUAGCCUUUUAUUCCAGGUUGCACCUUACUUUCCCUUUUUUACCGGGAAACAUUUUGGUAUGAGAUUCUAUUGAAGUUUGAAGAACUCUCAAGAAAGUUAUGAUUUCCAUUGGGUCCACGAGAUGAUGUUUGGGGUGAUGAGAUCGUCCAUUGAUAUUUUGGACUCGUGAAAUGGUGAAUUUCGAAGAACUUGCAAGGCAUCAACGUAUUUCGUUUGACUUCGUUGUGAUUUGUCGGCAUUGUCGAGGUGGAGACUGGACCCUGGAAAGGGGUGUGCAGUACACAUCACUGGCAUGCUGUGUCUUCUAUGGGAGGCGGAAAGUCCAGAAGGAACUACAGGCUCUUUCUACCGUCGCAACAGAGGUAGGUUGCUGGUUAUAUUGUCGGCUCAGUUUUCUAUUUUUUGUAUUUUGUAAAUUUAGUAGGGCUGCUCGAAAUAUCCAGUGACCUGUGGUGACCUGUGAAAUCGGUCCGAACCGAACCGAUCCCUUCCGCGGAUUAAUGAUCCGGACAUGGAUCCAAAAAUUAUCAGUGAGAUACGGAUCGGUACAUGGAUUUUCAUUUAGAAACCGUGGAUUAAUCGAACCAGAUAUGUGUGUGUGUGUCUAAAUAGUUUUACCUAUUGUUACAAAUACUUUUAACUAGUAGUAUUUGAUAAUUUUACCUAAA